CUUGUCUCUCUCUCGCUCCCUCCCUCUCUCUGGAGAGCGAAGAGAAAACCCUAGAUUGACUUCCUUAGGGUUUCGUCUCGCGAGGGUUCCAGAUCCACCUCCCUCGCUGUCGAUCGAUCCGGAUUAGGGCGGAAUGUCGACAAUGGAGCACCUCUUCAUGCAGAUCUUCGAGCGGAAGAACUGGAUCGAGGGCCAGCUCAGGCAACAGAUCGAUUCCUACGGCCAGUCCCUGGCCUACAACGUCCUCGCCGAUGGUGGUCACCCUCCGCCGUGGCUGUGGACAAUGAAACCGGCCGCCCCUGGUUGCCCUGAUUCCAAUGGAAUCUUAUUCCCACUCCCACGGACUACCACUCCUUCAACAAACAACAACAAUCUUUACACCCUUCCAACUCUGAAGGGUGCGAAUGUGUCCCAGCCCAGUAGCCUCUUCAAUGAAAUGUGUGUUUCAAAUCAAAAUUUCUUCACAGAGCCAAUUGAUGAAGUGGUUCCUGAUAAUUUCCUUGAAAACAUUGAACGAGAUUCUGAUAUGAUAGGCUUGAAAGAUGUUGAGGCUAACGCUGAAUUUGACCCACUUGCAAGGAUACAGCAUUCCAGAUCGAGGCAAAGGGACCUAGAGAAUCAUCUCAGCAAGAAAGCAAAAAUUACAAGUUUUGGAGAUGAAAGUACUAUGGAUCAAUAUACUGGUAGAAUGACUCGGUCUAGGGUUGCCUCCUUGAAGCCUGAUAGUAUUAAGGAAACAUCAGUUAUGAACUUGUUGGCUUUUGACAAUGUAGAUGGUGGUCGAGCCACUAGAUCAAGAAGAGCAUCUCAGAAACCUGAUUCUCUUCACAAGUUAUCGAAACCAGCUAAACCUUUAAUACCUGUGGAAUUUGGAACACAGAAAGCAUCGGAAGAUCAAAUGGGUUUCUGGCCAGCUACGUAUGGAAACAUAGACACUCUUGAAGGAAAUAAUGUUGAUGACGCUGUGGCUCCACAGAGAUGUGUUAGACAAGCUGCAGUGAAGGGGCUUGCCUCAGAUGCAUCUUCUCCUGUUAACUCUGGGUUGAGGAUGGCAUGCACUGCAGCUCCAGAUCUGUCUCAGACGCAUUUUCUGGUUGAACCAAAGAAACUUCUUUUCGAUGGCAUUGAAGUUUGUGGUUCAAAUGACAAUCCUGUUACUGCUUUUGAAAAAGAAAAUCAAGAAUACUCUGAGGUUACCCUUUCAAAGAUGGAGGCCAUGCAAUCACUAAAAGAGGAUCAAUUUUCCAGAGAUUUUAUGAAAGCACAUUGUUCUUUAGCAUGCAGGGAGCCUCAAGAUGAUGUCCUGCACACUGGAGAAGUUUUGCAAAGAACAGAGGCAGCUGGCAGAGUUUCAGAGGGAUGUGCAAACAAGAGUCUUAAAUUGGUUGAAGUAGAUGACUCAGAGUGUCACUCCCUCCCUAGUUCAUGCAAUAAGCAUUCUCAGACACCUGCUCGGUUGCCCGUGAAACCAACACAUUGGAUCUCUAAUAAUGAACUGACACUUCCAUCCUCUAUGAGUGACUCUAUAUCAAACUGUAAUACAAAAUUUUCAGGUCAACCAAGGGUUCAACAUGAUUGUAGCUCUGAAAAUUCAUCAGGAGAUCUGGGGAAGCAUAAUUUGGAAGAGCGAUUUAGUGUACCUCUCAUUGAUGUGCGAACAAUCAUGGUAGCCAGCAGGCUGUCUGAGACCAAUUCCUCAGCUGAAUCAAAGGAUCAUCUACUUGAUACUAUGAAGCAGAUUAAUUUGGAUAGGAAUUCUAUUGCUUCCUUGGGGAAAGAAACCAAGGGCGGCAAUUUUGAGAAUGAUAUAAAAUUGGACGCUGUGCAGUCAGUGAAAGAAGAAUCGUCCCACAGAUCUUUGAAAACAGCUCAUGUUUCUCCAGCAAAUGUGCAGAUUCAGGAAGAGGUUGUCUUAUCUGCCUUGGAAGAUGUGAGAACAGAUGAAAGUAAAAGGGUCUCAGGUGAAGUUUGUGAAGAGAUUUCUGAGUUACUUGUAACGGUGAAGCCCAAAUGUAAUCCUCAAUUUAUAUACUGUGAUGAUAUACCUUCACAUAUAUCGGCCAUGUCAGCUUUGGAAGCGAUGCCUAGGAGCAAUGUUAGUGAGAAUCAUUCAAUUGGAAAGCCUGUUCAGUGCCCAACAGAUGAGAAUUGUGAGAGAAUGCUCAUCAAAGAAACAAAUGGCAGCUCAAUUAAACCGACAGACCCCCUUCUCAGUGAUGGUCCAGAGUUAUUGUUCUCUGAAGCAGAUGGCAUGUGCAUAGAAGCUGAAAAAGCUGACACCAGUGCAGUGCAACUUGGGAAUAGAAGUUUUGCAACGCCCGCAUCAAUAUCUGGUGCUGCUGAAAAUCAUGAUGUGGAGGUAGAAUGCCAGCAUCCGUCAAGAUGUUCAACUAUAUGUGAUAAGAUUAUGGGUUCUUGUAGAUCAAAUGAUUCUGUUUUAGUUUCUUCCAAUAAAAUUGGUGAGUUCUUUUCACCUCAGGAAGCUGUGGUUAAUGCUGAUAUCAGAAAUAUCAAGGAGAAGCUCGCUGUCAGGAAGAUGCCAAAUACGGCUGAAGCUCAUAGAAACUCAAGCAGUCUUGAUAAGAAUUUUGCUUCUUGUAGAGCAAAUGCUAUCAGUGUACCUUGUCCUGAAAAAAAUUCCAUGCAGCUGGAAACCAUCAAAGGUGAUAUUUAUGCAGGUGCAAAGAAUGUUGCAGAGAAGACUGUCAUUCAGCACGUACAAACACCAAAUAAUAUUGAAGCUCACAUUGCAGCACCAGAAGCUCAUUACUCCUUAAGGAGCUCGAGUAGCCAGAAAAAAAAGCUUGAUUCUUUUAGAUUAAUUGGAACCAAUGCUGCAAGCAGUUCGAAACAAUCAAGGAAAAUUGUUGCCCGUGCGUGUGAAAGUUCAUGGCCUAAAGGGAGAAAAUUGGAAGGACAAUUAAAUAAUAUCCUGGCUACUUCUCCUAGGAUGAGGUUUAAACCUCCCCUGCAUGUUCAUAAGGGCAGUGUCUGCAGAAGCAAGAUGAGUUCAGAAAAUGCUUUAGGAGAUGGUAUGGAGUUACAGUCUUCUCCAUUACCAAGUGAUUUGAAAAGUGAGAUAGCAAAUGCAGCCCUCGAGAGUCCUCUUGAAGUUCUACAAAUUAGCAAGAAGCUCUGUGUGAGAGAGGAUGGUUCUUGCUUAAAAGCUGAGGAAGGAAUUAUGAUGGCUCCAUUACAAAUUGAACAUAGACAAGGAGUAUCUUUUCAUGAUUUGAUGGAUGAAAUAUCUGGAACUUGUUUAGCAAACAAAGUGGGUGUGUCUGAAUUGUCUGACUUUAAACUAAAAGAACAUUGUAUUUCAGAAGAUAAUCAUGAUUUAAUGCAUAGCAGGAGCACAUUAAGUCAUAAAAUAACGAAGAGUCCUGGUUAUCAUGUGGAACCUACUGAAGAGACCAAUAUGAAUGAUACAGAAAGAAGUCUUUAUGCAUAUGACAUGGCUGAUUGCGAUGAGACCAUGCCAGAGUUUGAGGGAUUUAGCAUUGGUGUUCCUUCUACUAUAGAGGACAGUGUCUUCUACAAUUCUGAUCUUCAAAGUCUUGCAGGAGAACAGGAUUCUGUGCUUGAGCAGUUGUGCAGCUCUAGGAAUUUGGUUACCCCAAGAUCUCGUCCUUCUACCAAGUAUAAAAUUAAUAGACUUCCUGAUGUUUAUCGAUCUUUACCUGCCGGGACUCUGGAGCACAUAGAGUCAAGCAAUCCACUCCAUUUUAAUGAUGUUGAUAUGAAACAAUUUAAGGAAAGUGACGAUGAGAAGAUUUAUGGUCUUUUUGGCAACUUGGAAUUAGAAUAUGAUGGUUCUUUCAAUGGAAAAUCUCAUUCUCACAGUAUGCCUUCUACAAGUGCAAGAUUUGGAUGGCUUGCUGGUAAGCCUCCUUUGACCCCUCCAGUUGAAAAGUCCUGCCAGAGAAAGGUUUCAGGGAGAAGUUAUGCCAGCUCAGAGACGGUGGGUUCGAACCCAGAACUAGUAUGUUUUCGUAUUGAUGAAAAUACCAGCACCACUAAAGAAAAUGAAAAUCCAGAUGAACUAGACAUGUCCAAAGAGAGAGUUGGCUCAAGAGAGAUCAAGGUGUCAACUGACAGAAAAGCACUUCUAGAUAUCACUGCAGUAUAUCAGAAUGCACCAACUUUGGCUUCUGUUUCCGAGAAGUUUGCUGAAAGAGUCAAUCUACAAUCUGUGAACGCAGAGUCUUACUCUGGGACUCGAAACAGUGUCUGUAUGAUUGUGGGAAAUGCUUGUGCCAGAAAGCCUAAAAUAGUUGACAAGGAGAAUCAUAGCCUUCUGGUUAAUGGAAAUCGAGUUCAGAAAGCAGCUGAAUCUAUCAAUAGCAGGUCCAGUAAACCAGAAAUUUCUAGAAAAGCAGGGGAUAGAAACAAAAGCCGGCCACAACUAGAAAAAGGAUACAAGCCCAGCAAUAUCGUGUCCAAUAUAUCUUCUUUUAUUCCACUUGUCCAACAAAAGCAGCAAGCAGCAACUGCAAAAGGGAAGAAAGAAAUUAAAGUCAAAGCAUUAGAGGCUGCUGAAGCUGCGAAGCGUCUUGAAGAGAAGAAACAAAAUGAGCGUGAAAUGCGGAAAGCAGCCGCAAGGCUUGAGCGUGCAAGGUUGGAACAGGAGAAAGAGCUCAAGCAAAAGCAGAAAGAAGAGGAAAGGAAGAAAAAGGAAGCAGAAGUAGCUGCAAGGAAGAGGCAGAGGGAAGAAGAAGAAAGAAGGGAAAAGGAAAGAAAGAGAAGAUGCAUUGAAGAAGCUCGAAAAUUGCAAAGGGAACAGGAGGAAAAAUUACGUGCUGAGAAAGACGAAAGAGAGCUUUGGCGCAAAGCUGCAGAUGAGAAAGAACGAAGGAAGAAAGAAACAAUGGAACAGGCAAAUCACCAAUCGAAAUCAGAAAAAGAAGGGGAAAUUGCUGGGUGCAGAAAAGAUGCUGAGUUGAAACCCAGCACCACCGAGGUGGUAGUGAGGGAAGGUAUACAUGGAAAUAAUAGCUUUGCAGGCCCUGAUUCUUCUAAAGAAUUAAAGGAUCUUGAAAAGUUGUAUGAGAUAUCUCCAUACAAAGACUCUGAAGUUGAGGAUGAUGAUGCAGAAGAAGAAAUUAGGCGCAGAAAGAAAUACAUUCCUUCAUGGGCAAGGAGAGAAUGCUUGGAUCAAAUUUUACUUUCCAAUCAACGGCAAGAUCCAACAGAAAUCUUCUGUCGUAAGAGUUCUUUUGACUUAAAUGAAGUUCUUUUGCCUCGUAUUCUUCGGCUGCCAUCGUGAUCACAUGGCGAUGUUUGGUCAGUUGCCUGCACGGUGAUCCUUUGAUCUGGAUAGUGGUGUAUCUGCAGAGCUCCCAAAAUGAUCUGGUGGUUGUGCCAUAUGGUUCCCCUUCUCUAGGCAUCAUUUAUUUGCUGAGUGUUGGCAGGGUUACCAUCUGGAGACACCAAGGUUUUUCCUUUUCCUUUUCUUUUUCCCUGUUUGGGGGAGGGGGUGUUCAAUAAGAUGUGCAUGCUCGACCACCACCAGCACCCCCCAACCCCCCUCCAACAACAUAUAUUGCAUGUGUGGUUCACAGCUCCGAUAUCAUCAUGCUGUCAGUACAGUGCUCAAUAUGCAGCUGGAAUGCUAACGCUGCUUCUCAUGUACCAAUUAUUUGCAUGCAAUGAGACCACUGCAUAGCCUUAUUCUGCAGGUUACAGAAUGUGUAUGCCCCAUGGUUUAAACUUCCUUUUUUGUGUAUAUAAGAAAUUCAUAGAAUGGUCGAGUUCCUUAUGGAAAACAUUUUCCUAAGUUUUACGCUUAACUAGGAUUUCCGGUUCUUCAUCCUGA